AUGUGUCCAAGCAUCACAGUGUUGAUCCCCAAAAUCCCCGAUCGCGACCCACUUAUUGGCGAGAAAGUGGAUUUGGCGCGCUCGGCCGUUUCGACGAUAAUGCCGCCACAAACGAACCCCAAAAACUCCGAACGCAAACACUCAAACGGCAAGUUAAUGUGCGCACCCGGCCAGAGUAAUAAUUUUGAAUUACCAAUUUUUAUUUCGCGACGAAUGGACGGCGAAGGUCAAACGCUCGAGCACCCCUAA